AUGCUCCUCUCUUUCAGAUUCUAUGACAAAGUACUUUCUUUGCAUGAGGAUUCAACAGCCCCUGUGGUCAACCCUCUGCUUGCCUUUACUCUCAUCAAACGUCUGCAGUCUGACUGGAAGAAUGUGGUACAUAGUCUGGAGGCCAGUGAGAACAUCCGAGCUCUGAAGGAUGGUUAUGAGAAGGUGGAGCAAGAUCUCCCAGCCUUCGAGGACCUUGAGGGAGCAGCACGGGCCCUGAUGCGGCUGCAGGACGUGUACAUGCUCAAUGUAAAGGGCCUGGCCCGGGGUGUCUUCCAGAGAGUUACUGGCUCCGCUGUCACUGACCUGUACAGUCCCCGGCGGCUUUUCUCUCUCACGGCCGAUGACUGCUUCCAAGUAGGCAAGGUGGCCUAUGACAUGGGGGAUUACUACCACGCUAUUCCAUGGCUGGAGGAGGCUGCCAGUCUCUUCCGAGGAUCUUAUGGAGAGUGGAAGACAGAGGAUGAGGCAAGUCUAGAAGAUGCCUUGGAUCACUUGGCCUUUGCCUAUUUCCAGGCAGGAAAUAUUUCCUGUGCCCUCAGCCUCUCCAGAGAGUUUCUUCUCUACA